AUGGCACGACCAAUCAGACCGGCACCUGCGCCGCCCACCGGAUCCACCGGGUCAUCCACACCGAUACCUCGCACAUCCUCUCGUGCUCAUCGACCAUCAGCUACACCCUCCACACCUUUCACCCCUUCACCUGCUACACCAUCUGAUAUAGGUAGUUCAAGUAAAGGUAGACCAGAAGCAAAGACUCAUGGGCUGAGGAGUGUAGGAGGAGCUAGUGAGAGAACACCGUGUCCUUUCCCCGCUCAGUGGGGUGGGAGGGAUAAAUGUGGGAUUUUAGAGGAAGAUGAAGCGGAUGAAGUGCUUAUGAGUAUCUUGGGAUCGAUUGCUUACUACGACAACCGUGCUUUAUCAGCGGAAGAGAUCGCUUCGACAUGUUUUCAACAAGGAUGGCUUCGACCGCCUUCUGCUGCUAUCGAACCCACUACAUUGAUCAACAAUUCGAUCCGAUCUUACCUCAAACGAUGUGAGCGAACUAAGCGUCAUUGUCUUCUUGCCAAACACCAACUUGCCGGAUCAGUCGUCGAACAAGUCCUUCAACCUGCUCUUCACCCUAAUGCAUUCGACGACUCCGUUAGACCAAAGGGUACCGUAUGGUACUUGUUUGGUGGCAAUGGGAAGAGUAAAUGGAAGAAUCCUUUUGAAGGUAUAGAAGUACCUAAGAUACCACCCAGGAAACCGGUUCCCAAGAAGAUACAACCGCAGAAGGAGAACAAGGCUGUCAAAGUGGAAGAGAAGAAGCCUGGUGGCGUUCAGAAAGGAAAGGCAAAGGUGCAAGCACCUGUGAAGAUAAGACUGGUGCUUAAUGGUCCGAUCACAGGAGACGAAGAGACUCAAAGCGAGGCUGGAAGUAGCUCAAGGUCAAGGAGCCUUAGUGUCGGUGUACCACAGGAUACGAUCGGACUUGGUCUUGCUCAACCUAUCUCUUUACCUCAAUCCAAAUCGACAAAGAACAAGUCUAGACCACGUAGACCUAGAGAUAUACUGGAUUCGUCCUCUGAGAGCGAUACCAGUGAAUCAGACAUGGAUUUUGAUAUGCCUGGACCAUCUCGACUGAUACGCCGUACAACUUCACUUCGAAAAGUCCCUCCCCCACUCUCCCUUGGUAGCUCACCUCGAGUGCACGGCUCCUCUCGACUCCCUCAGCAUUCACCUUUCAUGGACAUAUUCUACCCUUCACCUAUCAUACCCACUUCUCCUUUCCAACCUCACGCUUCACCUUUCCCUUCUCAUUCACUCGAUAAUACCACUUGGACCGCUAGACCCGACAGGCUAUACCAAUUCGAAUCCUCGAGUUCAAGUUCAGAUGACGAAAUGCGCGAAACCACAUGGGGCAUGGAUUCGGAGAUUCUGGUCAAGGCUGUGGAUGGUGACGAGGAGGAUCGUCCCUCUUGGUCAAUGGACGAAGAUGAGACGAAAGUCAAGGAAGCUACGGAUGCUCUAAGGGUUCUUUUCCCUCUGUCAUCGCCUGAUGAAGAAGCGGAUCUGGAGUCGAGGAUCAAGCUGAAUCAGCUGGAUAACCGACCUUCAUCGCUCUUCGAGUCACCUAAAGUCAACUUGUCUGCGGAUAUGAACAGCCAGUUGAAGGCUGUCGAUGCAGGUGGAAUACCUCUCAACGCUUGGAUAGCCAACUCUUCACCCUCGGCUUCACCUAAUCUACGGACUUACAAGAGUCUCGCUCCACCAGUGGAUGUCAGUCCCACACAGCACUUGUCCAAACUUCGAAGUUCAUUCGAUCCUGAGGAGAUGGAGGUUGAUGAAGAAACACCUUGGUUAGAUGAAAGUGGUGAAUUACCAGUAAAAGCUGAAGAUACCUUCUCUGAUGUCGAUCUCAACUCCACGAUUGGUGAUGCUCCUACACCCGAACACGAUCGUCAUCUACACACAGCCCUCUGGGCUCAGGAAGCUGCUGCUAUCAGGAUCAAGCAAGAGCCCGAGGAUUACCCUUCGCCAGCUGCGACUGAUCCAGAUGAUGCUUCAGCGUUAGGAUAUCGUGGUUCUCGAGCUUCCUCAACACCCUCCAGCGGGUCAUCGGAACUACCACCUUUCGAGAUUGAGGUGGAUAAUGGUAGGAUGGGAGUCGACGAGGUUAUCCUUGGUCCCGAGAGUGUCACUAUCGAAGAACUAGAUGGAUGGUUACCUGCCUCAGGAAAGGCCGAGAAGACGCCUCAUCGUGGAAGAGCUUCGAAGAAUAGGAAUCACCCACUGAGAUGUAGUGGGAAUUGGGGAGGUAUAGGUGUUUGUAGUACGCUUGCCAAUAUCGUCAAACCACCUGCGAGAAAUAGAAGUGUCAGAUCAAACGCCACAGCUCGACGUAGGAAAUCUUCACCUCAGCCACCAAUUGUCGAUGAAUCCGAGCCACUCACACCUGACACCGGGAUCGACAUUGAUGCUGAAGUGGAUGAUGCGAUUGGCACAGCUGAUUUGGAGCAAGCUAGAAAGGAAGCUGAUGCGAGGGAAGAACAGCAUCGUAAAGCGUGUAAGGAGAAGGUUGAGCAACAGAAAGCCCUAAUGGAAGCAUAUCGACAGACUAUACGGGCUGAAGCGAUGGAUCAUCAUCAAGAUCCUUCACCUACACCAUGGUCGGAGAAUAAUAAUCAUGCACCUUGGGGAACAAGCUCAACGGAUUCUAUCAACAUUGAUACUCCUGGUGCGCUAUCACCCAUGUCCCUCUUUGGCAUGUCCAAUCUUUCGCUCAGAACACCUACGGAUGGAAUGUGCAUGGCUGUGGAUCCCAAAGCUCUCGUCAGUCCACCACUACAAGCUGGCUUUGGAUUCCCUCAAAUGGCAGUACCUCAAGGACCCACCCGACCUCCACCACACCUCCCACCUGGAGAUAUAGGAAUGGGUAUGCUUGACACCGCUCUGAGUGAACAGGAAGUCAAAGCUAUCAUGGCUGUCAACGCCACAUCAGCACCUACACCAGCAUCAGCAACAAAUGUCAGCAAGCUUGCUCCGCCAUUGCAUCACGCCCCAGCAAGUUCGGUCAGUCCAGUCUUAUUGCCCAGUCGACCUGUCACCCCAGCCUCAGCACCGGCCUCAACCGUUUCUACUCCGAGCUCGAACAGGCAUUCGCACAAAAUCCAACCUAUCGCCCCUGCGCCUGCGGUCGUACCCGUCAAACCCACACCCAUUCCUAUUGCUUCCGCUUCGGCCUCAAACGAGAAGAGCACAGCCAUGGUAGCACUGCCCACUACUGUACCAGCCCAGAUCGCCCCUCAAUCGAUGACAGUGGCGAAUUCUGUGACAACGCCAUCGCCUGUACCUUCCAUCAGCAGCGCGAACAACAAGGGUACUCCUACUCCCACUGCCAAUGGUGUUAGUCUCGCCCCUGCUGCCUCCACUACUCGCACGACCACACCUUCGAACGAGGCAGCUGCUCCUCCAAGCAGAGUUACUCCAUCGCCCACAUCGACCAACACAUCGACCUCGUCAUCUUCCAUGCCUCCUCCUGCGACCGGUAAUGGAAAUGGCAAAUCUGGUGGGAAGAUUGCGACCAUCACAAAGCCGCUUUGCCCAGGUGUUGAUGCUUGUGUGGUGGAUAAUAUACCGGUGUACGCUCAUAUCUUCGAAGGUAAGCCAGGUCAGGGUAGACAGGUCCUCCUCAGAAGGUUAGACACGGAUUUUGUCAAUGCAAAUGCUCUUUUGGCUGCUCUUGGCGUACCCGAAAACAAGUUUCCCGAAUACUUCGAUCAUCCAAUCUCACCUGUUCGAGUCGCGGCCAGACAUGUCAUCCCACCUUCGAACCCUUCCGCCGAAUACUCUCAGGGUGUCAGUGGUAUUUGGGUGCAUAUAUCUGAAGCUAGGGAAUUUGCGAGGAAAGCGAAGUUGAGAGAGGGCAGCUUGUUAGCUAGUCUGUUGCGGGAGGACCUCUUCCAAUUGUUCGCUACAUUGGCAGGGCUGAAACCUGAUCAUCCGACCUCUGAAACCUUCGGAUUACCAUUCGUCCCGCGACGACCACCUGUCUCGACUCCCGCUCCUGCUACCAGUGGUGCUUCCAACUUAUCAUCAGUCAAUUCCAAGUCUGUACCUAACCUCACUGCUCUCUCAACUUCGGCACCUGGCCCAUGUCAGAAUACGACUAAACCGCCUGGUACCGCCUCUAGCGGUACGCCGACCACCAAGGGACCAUUGGUGAGAUCCGCACCCCCUACUCCACCUGAAGGAUGUCCUGGACCGAAAAGAAGAAGAGCGACUAUAUCGUCUCCAUUAGCUAAGAAACCCCAACCACCUAUCAAUCCUCUUACUCCUACUACAUCGGGCCCAGCGGGCAUCAAAACUCAGCCUAUAGCACCUGCACCUUCACCCGGUUCUGUACCAGCAGCGGGGACUAGGAUGAGUGUGGCUGCUCAGAAGAGAGCGACGAGAGCUAGUAUUAGUGGGAGUGUACCUCGGCCACUGGCGGGGAAGUAA